CUGAUCUACAAGAGGAACAGAGCGCACAAGGGAUGCUGCACAGCAGGAAAAAAUCCCAUUGAUUUUGGGAAGACCAGUGUGGAUGGAAAGGGAAGGAGAGUCCUGAAGCCAGCCAAGACCGUUGGGGCUUUGUGUGUGAGCUUGCCAUGGUUGCUUGGCAGAAGGAUGAUGGGGCAAAGCUGCUGCUGCAGCUGAUUCUCUUCCACACAGCUUGGGAGGUGGGGAGCGGCCAGCUCCAUUAUUCCGUGCUGGAGGAAUCCCAGCACGGCACCUUUGUGGGCCGCAUCGCUCAAGACCUGGGGCUGGAGGUGAGUGAGCUGGUGCCUCGGAUGUUCCGGAUGGUUUCCAAGGGACAGGAAGAGCAUUUCCAGGUAAAUGUGCAGAAUGGGAUUUUGUUUGUUAAUUCCAGGAUAGACAGGGAGGAGCUGUGUGCUGAGAACACGGACUGUGCCAUUCACCUGGAGGUGAUUGUGGAUAAACCCCUGAGAGUCUUCCAUGUGGAGGUGGAGAUCAAGGACAUAAAUGACAAUCCUCCUGUGUUUUCAGUGCAUGAACAGAUUCUGGCCAUUGCAGAAUCGAGGGUGGCAGGUUCUCAUUUCUUACUAGCAGGUGCCUCUGAUGCAGAUACAGAUGCCAAUGCCCUGAUAACCUACAAACUCAGCAUGAAUGAUUAUUUUGUUCUUGAUUCAGGCAGUGAAGAGGACCAGAGUAGAUCUCCAGUACUUGUAUUAAAAGCUCCACUAGACAGGGAAAAAGCCCCUCUGCAUCACUUAUUGCUCACGGCCUCUGAUGGGGGCAAGCCACAGCUCUCGGGCACAGUCCAGCUGGUGAUCAAUGUGCUGGAUGCAAAUGACAACCCCCCUGUCUUUAACCAGUCAGUUUACAGGGUAAAACUGCUGGAAAAUGCUGCUAAUGGGACACUGGUUAUUAAACUGAAUGCUACAGAUUUAGAUGAAGGAAUUAAUAAGGAAAUCUCCUAUUUUUUUAGUAACAAUGUACCAUCAAGUUUCACUAAGGUGUUUAGCAUCAGUUCCAACACUGGGGAACUUAGAGUGUUUGGCAAAGUGGAUUUUGAGGAUGUUAAUUUGUAUAAUCUUCAAGUUGUGGCAGAAGACAAAGGAAACUUUCCUUUGUCUGGACACUGCAAAGUUCACAUUGAAGUACUGGACGUGAAUGACAAUGCCCCAGAAGUGACCGUGUCCUCCUUGUCAGUGCCAGUGCCUGAGAAUUCUCCACCAGGGACAGUGGUGGCCCUCAUCAGUAUCUCAGACAGGGACUCUGGGGCCAAUGGGCAGGUGACUUGCUCAAUGCAGCCCUCUGGGCUUCCUUUCAAACUGACAUCCACCUUCAAGAAUUACUACUCACUUGUACUGGCUGAGCCACUGGACCGGGAGCGAGUGGCUGAGUACAGUUUGGUGGUGUUAGCCCAAGAUCAAGGGGACCCCCCACUGUCAGCCAGCAGCAGCCUAAUAGUGCCAAUCAGUGAUGUGAACGACAAUGCUCCCAGUUAUGCACAGCCUUCAUACACAGUGUUUGUGAAAGAGAACAACCUUCCUGGUGCUCACAUCUUCACAGUGUCUGCCUCGGACCCAGAUGUGGCGGAGAACGCCUUGGUCAGCUACUGGCUGGAUGAGAAGCUCUGGCCUCUGUCAAGCUACAUCUCAGUGCAUUCAGAGAGUGGGAAGCUGUAUGCCCUGCAGCCCUUGGACUAUGAGGAGGUGAAGCUGCUGGAGUUCCAGGUGAGGGCCAAGGAUGCUGGGCUGCCCUCCUUGUGUGGCAACGUGACUGUGCAGGUCUUUGUGUUGGAUGAGAAUGACAAUGCACCUUCAGUGUCUGCUCCAACUGAGGAUAACCCUACUCUGGUGAAGGUUCCAGUGUCAGCUGGGCAUGUGGUGGGCAAGAUUCAGGCCAUGGACGCUGAUUCGGGUUACAAUGCCUGGCUUCGCUAUGAACUGUAUGAUGCAGCCAGUGGCUUGUGGCGGGUGGGUCUUUACAGUGGUGAGAUCAGCACCACACGUGCUCUGGAGGAGGUAGAGGGCAGCAACAUCCACAGUCUGCUUGUUCUGAUUAAGGAUCAUGGCAAGCCGGUUCUGUCAACCACAGCCACCUUCAGUGUGUCACUGGUGGCCAGUGCUCUGGCUGCCCAGAGUGAUGCCCACCUAUUUAGGACAGGAAGGAGUGCAAAACCCUUGUCAGACACCACCAAUCUCUACUUGAUCAUCGCCAUCUGCUCUGUGUCCAGCUUGUUCCUGCUGGUGAUCCUUGUGUACGUGGCACUGCGAUGCCAGAACCAAGCUAAGGAUGGAAUUGUGUAUGGUCCUGGCACAGCCACACUGGUGUGUGCCAGUGAAGUGGGCAGCUGGUCGUAUUCCAAUCGCCACAGCCACAUCCUGGCGGGGGUGAGUGGGGAUGCUGGUGCCAAAAGUGACCUCAUGGUUUUCAGCCCCAACAUUCCUGUCUUGGCCGAGAGUGGGAAGGAGCUGGUCCCGAACGCUGCUGGGCCGCCAAAACCACCCAAUCCUGAUUGGCGUUAUUCUGCGUCCUUAAGAGCUGGAAUGCAAGGCGCUGGGCACAUGGAGGAGGCAGGAGGCUUACGAGCAGGACCAGGAGGACCGGAACAGCAGUGGCCAACAGUAUCCAGUGCAACAACAGAACCUGAGGCCGGGGAGGUGUCCCCCCCAGUGGGAGCUGGCGUGAACAGCAACAGCUGGACCUUUAAAUAUGGGCCUGGCAACCCCAAGCCGCCUGGUCCCGGUGAGUUGCCAGACAAAUUCAUUAUCCCAGGAUCUCCCGCCAUCAUCUCCAUCCGUCAGGAUCCACCCAACAGCCAAACUGACAAAAGUGACUUCAUAACCUUUGGCAAGAAGGAGGAGACCAAGAAAAAGAAGAAAAAGAAGAAGGGCAACAAGGCUCAGGAGAAAAAAGAAAAGGGCCACAGCACCACUGACAACAGUGACCAGUAGAGGGGUUUAUACGGAACAAUCUACUUAGCCAAUUUUUUUGUAAUCAUGAUGGAAGAUCUCUGUAGCAACUCCCAACUUCUUCCUACUGUUAACCAGUUUCCUGUAUGUGCAAGACUUCAAAACGAUCCGCAGGGAAUUCACAAUGUCUGUCUAGAUUGCUUAACAGGUUUUGUCUUGAAAGCUUUAUUAAGCCUGGUGUUAACACUUUUUCUCCACUCUGGCUUGUUUUCAGAAUCUAAAAAGCAGACACAAGUUUCUUUUCUCCUACGCCGAAAAGGAGACUCUUCACAAUACAGCCAGUGAGAGGUUGGACUCUUUGCAUUGUGGUUCCUGUGAUCCUGUCUUUGAUAACACUUAUGGGGUGGGGUGGGGGAGCUUAAACAUUUUUUGGUAUUGUGCACCCUGUAUCUGACCGGAAACAUUUGUGUGCUGAUUAUUGGCUAGGUGAUGCGAGAUCACAUUCAGAUGACACAAGAAGAGCAUGUAAAACAUGAUAUGCGGGCUGGGGAACCAACUUAAAGUUUGCAAUUAGACUUUUCAUAAUCCAUAAGACUUAGCGUGUAGAAUGCUGGAGCUUUUAUAUAUUUUAUAUACACACUCCAGUAAAAAAAAAAAAAAAGAAGAAGAAGAAGGCUCAGAUAACUCUUAACAGAUACCACGAAGUAUAUCUUCUUCCAAGCCAUUGGCCAUAUCGCCACAAUAAGGCCUUCGUUCUCCUAGCAAGGGUGUCCCUCAGGGAAUGUCUGCAUGGCAACCGCCCACGCUCUUGGCUCGGCGUUUUAAUGCUCAGGCAGAAAGUGGGGGCAAUUUCUCUCUCUCUCUCUCUCUCUCUCUCAAAAACAACCACCACCCCACCCCAACAAGAACUUUUGGAGGUGGGGUUUCCCUUGCUCACAUCUUGUAUUUAGCUGUGUAGACAGCGCUGGUCCCACGGACCCUGGCAUGCGUGUCCCAUAGGGAGUUGGAUGUCCAUCCAGGGAACGUCCGAUGCCUUUUGGAACCACUGUGUAGACAUGCCCUCAGAGUUGAACAAGGGAAAGAAGGGCUGACAUCUCAGGAAUGUAACUGACUGUGAUGUUUCCUUUAUGUCCUUGUUUCCACUCUAUUUAACCUUCUUUUGCACAUAAGGUCUCUGAAAAGGUCAGAGACCUUUUUCACAACACAUAUGCAAAAGGUGAGGAUGGAAAAAGAAAAAAAAAAACCAAAAAAAGAAAAAAGAAAAAAAUGAAAGAAACCUUAUCUAUGCUAUUUGUGAUUUGAUAUCUUUAUUUAUAAAGGGGAUAUAACUGUAAAUGAAGAAGAAAUAUGAUGUCCUUUAACCCAAACUGAAGUAAAUUUACAGCCAUUAGAAAAUACGAUUGCUGCUAAUGAAGUGCUUUAGAAAAAAAAAUUGCCUGAAACAUCUGUAUUAUAUCUGCCAAUCACAGCUUUAUUCUGUCAGAUCACUGGGUGGGGCUGCCUCUUGCAUGCAUUCAGAAAUACGAUGAUUUCUCUUUCUCUUUUUGCAUUCCUUACUCUGCACUUUGAGUACACAGCAUUUUGCAACUGAGUUUUCCCGAGCGGAAACUGAAGCUAACCUUUUUCUCACACAAGCGGAUCUGCUUACCUGUUAGCUCUGUGCGGUGUCUUGGCGUGACUCUCUCCCACAUGACCUCCUAGGCUUUUCAUUUUAUUUCUCUAUAAGUUAUGCAUUUCUAACCUUACAACUAACACUCAUUAUGUAAAAUUCAAGUACUGUAUGUAUGCUAUAUGCUCUUAUAAGAAUCCUGAAAUAUUUAUUCCGUGCUUGUGUAUGUGAAUGUCAAUGCAACUAUUACUUAGCGUGGUCAUUGAGCUUUCCUGUUGAAUGUAAACCCAUUAUUAUUAUUUUCUUUUUUGUAUGCUUGUGGAAAAGUGGAGUAGUGUCAAUAUUUUUAAGCCACUGUUAGUUACCAGUUUUUUGUGUAUGAAUUGAAACACAAGUAAAAUAUCUUUCUUAAAUCAA